UGAAAUUAUGUAGUCGUAUUUGAACUAUCGACUUGUUCGGGUCGUCAUACUGUGCGCAAUUAGAAUAUUUCAUUUGGAUGUUUUCGAUUUCAUCAUAAGCAUUGUGUUUGUGUUUCAACAUUUGCCCAUUCAUUUCAGAGGCUAAAAUCAUCAAUAUAAGUGAGAGAGAAAAAUCGAAUUUUGCAUAAGGUAGAAGCCCACACGCACAAAAAUGACGGAAGCCAAUGACAAACAGGGAGCUCAUACCAAUGGCAACACAGAGGAAAUCAUACCUGUAACAUUACCGGUGCGGAAAAUAUCAUGUUGUACCCGAUUCACGCGAUUCUUAUCAAUAUAUUGGAAGUCAUUGUUUGUCGUUUUGACACCGAUUGUCUUACUGCCGAUAAUUAUACUUAACGAUAGACCUGAAAAUAGAUGUAUGUUCGUGGUACUAUUGAUGACCGUUUUUUGGUGCACUGAAGCUCUGCCAUUACCGGUCACAUCAAUGUUACCCAUUGUCCUAUUUCCAACGCUUGGCAUUCUCAAAACCGAUGCAACGUGCAUGCUAUAUAUGAAAGAUGCUAUGCUAAUGUUCAUCGGUGGAUUGAUUGUCGCAUUGGCUGUACAAUUCUGUAAUUUACACAAACGUGUGGCAUUGAAGGUGAUUUCGAUCAUUGGAUGCAGUCAGAAAAAAUUGAAUUUCGGUUUGAUUGCUGUCACCAUGUUUGUAUCAAUGUGGAUUUCAAAUACAGCCGCUGUUGCUAUGAUGAUUCCAAUCAUGCAAGCUGUGUUGGAGGAGCUUGAAGCGCAAGGACUUUGUAAAAUGUACGAAGACAGCAGUCCAAAUGCUGAAGAGGAAGGAAUGUUAAAUAAGAAUAAACCAGAAGAGAAGAAGACUCUUGCCGAUAAGAAGCCAACCAAAAUUACUGUGUGUUAUUUCAUGGGGGCUGCCUAUGCCGCCUCGAUUGGGGGCUGCGGCACAGUUGUUGGCAGCGGAACAAAUUUGGCGUUUAAAGGCAUUUACGAUGGAUUAUUCCCACAAAAUGAAAUUUCGUUUCCAAAGUGGAUGAUCUACAACAUUCCAAUGAUGCUAAUCAAUACAUUCUUUACAUGGAUGUACUUGCAAUGGUGUUUCAUGGGAUUAUUCCGACCGAAUAGCAAAGAAGCCAAACAAUUUCAAUUGGGAAAAGACGGCGAAGAGGUUGCUAGACAGGUCAUUGUCAAACGUUACAAUGAAUUGGGUCCGAUGUCAUCACAAGAAAUUCAGGUUGCAAUUUUGUUUCUGUUAUCAGUUGCGUUGUUCUUCUUACGUGAGCCAGGUUUCAUGAUGGGUUGGGCCAAGCUUUUAACAGACACAAAAAUUGGCGAUGCCACGCCGGCUAUUUUCAUUGUUAUCGCGCUUUUCAUGCUGCCGGUCAAUUGGAAUUGGUUGAAAUUUAUCACUGGCCGACCAGAUGAUCUACCAAAAGAAGCGACACCAAGCUUGAUCACGUGGAAGUAUAUUAAUACGAAUAUCCCAUGGAGCUUGAUUUUCUUAUUGGGCGGUGGAUUUGCUCUAGCAAAAGGUGGCAAUGAAUCGGGAAUGUCGAAGAUGUUGGGCACUUAUCUGUCGAGCCUUUCAGACUUGCCAGAGUUGCUGUUACUGUUUUUGAUUUGUCUAUUCGCACAAAUCGUCACCGAAUUCGCAUCAAAUGUUGCCGUUGCAAAUGUGAUGUUGCCAGUUUUAGGAGAGAUGGCUCUGCAAAUGGGAGUUCAUCCAUUGAAACUCAUGUUCCCGGCGGCUCUCUCGUGUUCAAUGGCAUUCCAUACACCAGUCGGAACACCUCCCAAUGCAAUUGCAGCCGGUGUAGCAAAUGUUGGCACAAAAGAUAUUGCAUUGGCCGGCAUUGGUUCAUCUGUAGUGACCUUGAUUACGGUUUGGUUGUCAAUGCCAUUGUAUGGUCAAUUCGUGUAUCCAGAUACAACAUCUUUUCCGAUUUGGGCUUGCGAUAUACUACGCAAUAGAACAAAUAGUACUCUGCCACUUGAUUGUCUUACACAGUUGGCUACUACUGCCAUGCCUUUCGUGAAUACAACGGUUGAUGCUGUUACAAAUUCUACUGUCAUGCCUCUCUUGAAUACAACGGUUGCUGCUGUUGUUAAUUCUGUUUUGAAUGCAACAGCACAUUAAAGAAAUCAAAAUUUAUUUUGGACACCAAACGAACAGAACAACUGGAUAAAUUCAAGAACAAAUAGUGCAGCAAUUUCACGCUUCCGUUUUUAGACAUGUUUACACACAUUUAUAUUUAAGCUAAUCGGACUCGAUAUACAUUCGAUCAUUCAUUUGUCGUCUAGCUAGUAGUUGUAUAAGUUGUGAAUGAUUUUUCUUUCUCAAAUUGGGUAGAAACAAAAGUAUCUUUUGUUCUUUAGUUUCCGUAUAUAAUCAGGAUAUAUAUAAUUCACUUUGUAUAUCAGAAAAUUGGAUUGAAAAAGAACAAACUCAUUGUUCAUAAUUUAUAUGAAUUGUAUCUUGACGAUUUUUCUUUUCCCGUUUUUCUACGUACAUCCAUUCAGAAUCAAAUGUGUCAAUUAAAAAAACGUGAACGAUAGGCAAUACUUUUUUUUAGAUGCAUUUUAACAAUGAAAUCAAUUCGUACAAAAUGUCUAUACGGAAAACCUUAAUCAAAAUAAAUAAACAAGCAAAUAACUUCAA